AUUUCUUCAAUGUUUCAAUCAAAACUAUUUUUGUGAUCUGUCAUAACUUUUCAUUUUAAAAAUAAGUAGUGUAUUUACAAUUAUUAAAAUAAUGGAUGGAAAUUUUAGUCUUGUUCAUUAUGUUUCUGAACAAGAAAAACAUAAAUGUGGUUAUUGUAAAAAAUUAAAGUCAAGUGCAACUUAUGGUAUGUGGGCACAAUAUCUCACUGUACAAGAUUAUCAAGAGUUAAUAGACCGAGGAUGGCGUCGAUCUGGAAAAUAUUGUUAUAAACCUAUUAUGGAUGUCACUUGCUGUCCUAUGUAUACGAUCAGAUGCGAAGCAUUAAAUUUAAAAUUAUCAAAAUCCCAAAAGAAAAUUUUAAAACGUGUGAAUAAAUUUUUAACGGAUGGUAUUAAAGAAAAACCGAAUAAAUAUGAAGAAAAUAAUGAAGCGCAUACUCCAAUGGAUACAAUGGCUGCAAACAUUAGUCAAAAACCCGCAGAUAUUGAUGCCUCAAAAAUAGAUAGAGAAAAUUAUUUAAAUGUAACUCAAUCAAUUGAUGAAAACGAUGCUGAAUUAGAUGCUACCACAAAAAGUCAUACAGACGCUGAAGUAGCUGUUAGUAAACCAAAAGAUAAAAGUGAAUUGAACACGAAAGAAUCGUUAGAAACAAGAAAACAUACUGCACCUCUUGCAAUAAUAGUACCAUCUAGUGAUAGUGAUCGGCCUCAACAACCAGAACAAAUUUCAGAUGAACAAAAUGAAAUUCAAGAUUUGAACAAAGAUACUAUAUUUACCUUCCAUUACAAGCAAGGUAAUCUUAACGUUCCCUACGUGAACAUAAACCUACUCUACGUAUGGAUAGAACAAUAUCUAACAUAUCCUACUAACAUAUCAGAAUCAUUCACCAUAUGGCUUGACAGUUUAUCAAUUAAUGAUAUGUUACGAAUACUUUGGGAAGGUAUGGAUGUUACAAAGCCACCAUGUAAAAAGGCAAAAUUAAUGCGUAUUGAACGUAAACGACAAAAGCUAGUUGCAGCCGGUAUAGAUCCUGAAACUGUACAGCAGCAAACGCAAAAAACAAAACCACAAAAUGAGGCGAAAUCAUUAGAACAAUUUUUAUCCGAAUUACCAGAAAAUACAAAACAUAAAUUACGAUUAGUUCUGAAACGAAUGGAUACUUCUGAUGAAACAUUCAAUGUUAGUGCACAGCUGUUUGCGAAGUAUCAAAUGCGUAUCCAUCGAGAACCUCCAGAUGAAUGUGAUGAAGAAACGUUUACUGAAUUUUUAGUCGAUAGUCCAUUAAAGGCCUAUUAUUCAUCUCAAGGUCCAUCACAUGGCUAUGGAUCUUUUCAUCAACAGUAUUGGUUAGACGAUAAUUUAAUUGCUGUCGGAGUAAUUGAUAUAUUACCGAAAUGUAUUAGUUCGGUUUAUUUCUUUUAUGAUCCCGACUAUAGUUUUUUAAGCUUAGGCACAUAUGGAUCUCUAAGGGAAUUACAAUUAACACGUGAACUAAACAAAACAAUAUCAGAUCUGAAAUACUACUACAUGGGAUACUACAUCCAUUCAUGCCCUAAAAUGCGUUAUAAAGCCAAUUUAACACCAUCAUAUUUACUAUGUGCAGAAACAUAUCACUGGGUACCGAUUGAAUCAUGUUUACCAAAAUUAAACAUAGACGCAUAUGUACGUUUUAAUGAUGACUCAACAGCAAUAGAUCCAAAUAAUUGUCCACGACAAGAUAUUCGUAAAAUACCAAUAUUUCAUAAUUAUAUUGUUAUGAAAUAUUUACAUUUUCGUCAACGGUAUGGUACUCAAUCCGAUCAUGAGUUAUAUGAAUAUGCAAAUUUAGUUGGUAAACGUUGUGCUAUGCGUAUGUUACUUUUUAAAGAAUAA